UGUUGCAGAAUAAGAACAGGAAAUUAAAGAUGUUGAACAUCAACUGUGUAAGGGGUAACUUGAAAGAUUCCUGAAGAUGGACUGGAAACAUCAAGGCCCAGUUUAAUAGUAGUUAUGUUUAGAAAAAGAUUACAAUAUUAUUUUUCCUGGACUUGGUCUACCCCAGUGAUUCUCAACAUUUUUUCAUUUGUGGACCCUGGAAAAAUUUCAAAUGAAGGAAUUGAUUUUAAAAUCAGAACAAUAGAACUAGAUGGAAAGAAAAUUAAGCUACAAAUAUGGGAUACGGCUGGUCAGGAGAGAUUCCGCACAAUCACAACAGCAUACUACAGAGGAGCCAUGGGAAUUAUGCUGGUAUAUGACAUCACAAAUGAGAAGUCUUUUGACAACAUUAAAAACUGGAUAAGGAACAUAGAAGAGCAUGCCUCUUCAGAUGUGGAAAGAAUGAUUUUGGGUAAUAAAUGUGAUAUGAAUGAAAAGAGACAAGUCUCAAAAGAAAAAGGAGAGAAGUUAGCAAUAGAUUAUGGAAUCAAGUUUCUAGAGACAAGUGCAAAAUCCAGCAUAAAUGUGGAAGAGGCAUUCUUCACACUUGCACGGGAUAUAAUGACAAAACUCAACAGAAAAAUGAACGACAACAGUUCACCAGGGGCUGGUGGGCCGGUGAAAAUAACUGAAAAUCGAUCGAAGAAGAGCAGCUUCUUUCGAUGCACGCUACUUUGAUGAACUUCUAAUGAUAGACUGCAGCACACUUAGAAAAACCUUUUCUGCUUCUUUGAAAGCACAGGGGUCACAAAGCCUCAGAAAUAAUACCACCAAGCUGCUGCUGAGAGCUUCAAUGAACGUUGACUGCGUUAAACAAAAUAUCAAGUGGAUUUUGCUCACUAAGCCCAUUGACCUGUCAGGCUCCUUUUUCUCAAAUGUGGAAGCAAUGAAGUGGAGACACAAAUGCAGGACUUAAUUUUCUUCAUUACUUUCUGUUUUAAUGCCUGUUGCAAAAGCUGCUACAUUUCUUUUAACUUUGCACAUCCAUAUUAGCCUUUUAUUGCCUGUUACUGCACAAUCUAACACUUGUAUUUGCACAGUUUAUUGUCCUGUAAGUUCUUUAACAGAUUUGUGCAUUCUUUUACAAAUUUAUUUUACAAAUUUAUUUUAAAAAGCCAGAAAGAAUAGAUUAAAUCACAUCUCCAGUAAUCUUUGCUCUACACAUGUGAACAUGUCUGCUAUAUGGAUGUGUUUAAGGUAAUGGGGCUUAUUAAAACAAAUUGGCAUAUAAGAACUUGUAUAGGUUUUUAGUCAGUUUUUCUCACAAAUGCACAAAUCCGUUCAUACAGAAGCUACUGCAUCUUCUAUUCUGAAUGUAGGAUAUUUCUUUUCUAUUGGUUUUUACCAAACUUAAGAGAAUCUUUUUAGAGCAGAGUUGUCUUCUAAAUAGACGUAGUUCUUAUCUCAUUUGUUGAGUGCACUCUUAACGCAUGUGAAUGACCCCCCAGUGGUCAUUCAUUUUUCACCUAGUUUUCUCCUGUUAGCCCAACUCAUCUUUUUUAUUUUUAUUCUGGUUUCUGAUGACACUUGAGUUGAAAUCUUCAACAUAGCACAGGUGGGCAUCCUAGCUAUCACUUAAGUGACUUGUGGUAGCUAAGCUGAAUGAGGGUAUUCAAAACUCCUGGAUUCUGUUCUCCAAUGUAUGAAGAGUUAACUGCAGCUCCUACGGGUGACUUACAGCAAAGCUGAGGAUAUUCGUGUCACACCUCUAAACCUUGACCCUUGACGGCAAAGGCAUGCACAGACUAGCUUCCUGUGUAGUCACUAUAGUUGUUAAGCCCCCCCAUAAAAGAAAAUGGCACACCACGGCUUAUAAUGCAAUAUUAUGCAGCUGAUACUGAAUGUGUAAAGCCUUCAGUCUGCACAGGCAAUUAUAGAAGUUAAUCAUCAGAAACUGGAACAGUGAUUUAGACUGCUAGAAGCCAAGUUGAAACUUAAUUGCCUUUCUAACUCCUCUGAACACCUGCAAGCUAGUUUAUGUAUUUUAUCACUUGCUUGUUUUUCACAGAUCUUUCUCCAUGAAUGAUUAAAACUGGUGCUUUAGUUUGUUGUGCCAAACUUUGACAAUUGUUAGCUUUAACUACAAACUUAACAGAGUCCACCACUUUGGUUAUAAGGUGCAGAUGGAUUGGCUUGUUGACAAACUGCUAACUUUUCUGACAUGUCUGCUUUGUUAACUUUGUGGUAACAACCAAUCCGCUGUUUAAUAUGUUAAUGUUUCACUCUGCUUCAGUUUGGGAUGUCUGAUAUUGAAUUUGUCAUCUUGGGGGUCUGUCUCAAAUAUUUUGAAACUAAUUCAGUGGACCAUCAGCAGUGAAUCCAAAAAGGACUUUGAUUAGUGUCCUGAACAGACUUGAGAAACUUCAUCUGGUUCCUCCAAAGUUUAAGUGGCUUUCUACACAUUCUCCCCACACCGCUACUUAAUUAUAAUUAAAGUGAUCCUGGUAAUUAGAUUGUGAAUCACAAUCUCCUAUUCUUACUGAACUAGAAGGCACAGCAAAAGUUUUGAGUUAGCAAAAAUGUUCAAAACAAAAACAACCCUAGCUGCUCUGGCCUACACUUCAAAUUUUUCUGGGACAGGCUAAUGCAGUUAAGUUUUCUGUAUGGUAACAACAUGCUUUCUAUACAGCAACUGUUAUGACUUCAGUUAUGAAUGUUGUUAAUUUUCAGUAAUUUACCUCUGACUUAUUUUGGUGUUGUAACACACAGAUUUUUAUCUCGGAGUUGUCUGCAAACCAAAACUGACAUGUUCUGUGGUUGGUAACUUUUACGGAAUGCUUUGCUUAUGUUGCAUUUCCUCUGUCUUCCUUCUGUUUGGUUCUGUGUACAAACAAGAUUAGUCUCCAUGAACUUCCUUUUGAAAGAGCCUGUAAGUGAGAGUCUAUAAAGUGCUUCUUGACGCAGCAGCAAAUUGGGGUAUCUGCUCUGUUGUAUUAAAAAGAAAAAAUCCUUGCUAUUUUCUUACAUUUAGCUAUGCUAAACUGUACAUAAAUUUGAGGUAAGACCAUAGGAAAUUCACUUUAUGCAUGAUAAAAUGAUGCAGUAAAUAUUUCACUUUGCUUAAUGUUCGUAUAAUGCUCAUCUUUCUCUAUUUGUAGAAGGAGUUAGUGACAGAUAAUUUUUUCUGUCCCCUGCUGAAACUGAAAAAUUCCAGUUUCAUGUGAAAACAUUAUGGUCUUAUGGAUAAGGUAAAACAUUUUUUUUUUUUUUUCAGCAGUAUUAAGUGGUUGAGGGGCCGCACUUUAUCAGUAUAUUAACUUUUGAUAAUGGUCAACAUAGACCUCUUUACUCGUACAGUCUGUUGUCAGACAUUGAAAAAUGUGCUGUAUUUGAGCAUGUAAAUCAGCUGAUUAUGUUUCACUGGGAACUUUUUCUAGCUAUAUUUUGCUUUAGGCAAGCAGACAAAUAAUAACUUAUGUCUGAGCAUCAGUUGCUGGAUGCUUCAGGUUUUUCUAAUACCAGUAUGAAUGUUUUGUGCAGUCUUUUUUUGUUAUAAUUUACUCAAGACUAUAAUCUUAAUUUUUGAAAGACUCUGACUAUACCUCAGCUAACUAACAUUCUAAUAUCCAUUAAAACAAAGGUGAUCCAACUAUUAUUCAUUAUACAAAGCAGAAAAUGUGCAGCCUGCCUGGCUCUAAAGACCUCCAUUAGUCUUUAAGGAAACACAGGCAUUUCUUUGGGUUUUAUUAGGACUAGAACCUACUUGCUGUCAAGUGAGGGGUUUCCUCCCCACAACUCUUGCCUUCCCUCCCAGUUUGUGCAGUGUGUUCUGUUUUUUUCUAAAUGGUGAGAAAAUAAAACCUGAAAAUAUAUGGUCUCAAUGCUUCUUUUGCUAUAGCUUUCAAUCCUGUGAUCAGCAAACCAUGCACAUAAAAUGCUUAGUUCUUGUUGAGUAGACAUAGAAUACUUGAUUUAGGUUUAGUUAUUAAAUCUCUUGAAGUUUGUUUAAUGUUAAAACUUCGAAACCACAUAUUAAAUGUAAUGCAAUUUUACCUUUAUUGAAUGUGGGGAUUUCUACAGUACUAGUCAAGGUUUUUGAAAAGUGCAGUUUUAUAAAUGAGGUAUUUCCUGUCACAAGUGCAUUUCCUCUUUUAGUCUUUUGUUUGUCGAGUGAAAUCAAGUCCAUUAUUUUCACAAGCCAAAAGUGGAGGGGGCGGGGUGUAUUUUUGAAAUACAUUUUUUUUUUCUGUGAACUCUUGAUGGGUAACAAUUUGGAAGACAUACCAAUAGCAUGUAAAGUGCAUAAAUGUGUUGCUAAUUUGUGGAAAUGCAUCGGUCAUCUGAUUACAUAAUCAAGUUAAAUUUGCCAGGUAAAAGUUUAAGGACAAGCUGUUUGCACAUAUUGGCUCCUUCCCUCUACUGCGCCCGAGCUGCUUGUGCCACAUUACUCUACUCUUAAUAUACCUUGUACUUCAAAAUGCCAUGUAAAGGCAGGACUUCCCACUUUUUCUUUGUUACCAGUGAAUUUAAACAUGUUAGUGCAUUCCUAUGGCCUUAUAAACAUAUAUUUUGCAAAUGACACUUUUCCUUGGGAUUACAAUUAUUUUAAUGCAAUAUACAGUUACUAAAUUCAGACUAAAAAGCAUGGCCCUAAAGAAAAUGCUUAAUUUUCAAAUAGAAUUGUUCUACCAUAUGUGUGUUUAAGCACAUUUUAUCUCUGCUCCAAAGGCGUAAUGUGAAAAUCCUGCAGAUAAAGUGGACUUGUCAUGUUAACUUGUAAACUUAAUCAUUAAUUGUGUACUGAUACGGUGUUAAAAAAGAAUGGUUUUAUUAUUCCAUGUGAACUUUUUUUACAACAAUGUGCAUCUCAAAUAAAAUUACAUAAUGAAAAAUA